GGCGUACGCGGCGCCGCCGCAUCUGGCGCAUGCGCACAACCUCCUAUGGCUCCAAGAUGGCCGACACAGCGUCCGCUGGCUCCGGCACGCGCUCGGGCAGCAAGCACGCCAGCACGCCCGCCGAUAACUACUACCUGGCUCGGAGGAGGACGCUGCAGGUGGUGGUCAGCUCGCUGCUCACCGAGGCCGGCUUCGAGAGCGCCGAGAAGGCGGCGGUGGAGACGCUGACGGAGAUGUUGCAGAGCUAUAUUUCUGAAAUUGGGAGAAGUGCAAAGUCCUACUGCGAACACACGGCCAGAACGCAGCCGACACUCUCUGAUAUCGUGGUCACUCUGGUGGAAAUGGGGUUCAACGUUGAAACGCUCCCUGCGUAUGCCAAGCGCUCCCAGAGGAUGGUCAUCACUGCCCCUCCUGUGACAAACCAGCCCGUGACUCCCAAAGCCCUGACAGCCGGACAGAACAAGCCGCAUCCUCCUCACAUUCCUGGUCACUUCCCGGAGUUUCCGGAUCCUCACACCUACAUCAAGACCCCAACGUACCGGGAGCCGGUAUCUGAUUAUCAGGUCCUACGGGAAAAGGCAGCAUCUCAACGGCGCGACGUGGAAAGAGCUCUCACUCGGUUCAUGGCUAAGACAGGAGAAACACAGAGUCUCUUCAAAGACGACGUUAGCACGUUCCCACUGAUUGCCGCCCGGCCCUUCACCGUGCCCUACCUGACAGCUCUGCUCCCCUCCGAGCUGGAAAUGCAGCAAAUGGAAGAAACGGAUUCAUCUGAGCAGGACGACCAGACAGACACCGAGAACCUGCCCCUGCACAUGAGCACGGAUGAUUCAGGACCCGAAAAGGAGAACGCUUCAGUGUUACAGCAGAACACGUCCCUGUCGGGCAGUCGGAACGGGGAGGAAAACGUGAUAGACAAUCCCUACCUCCGGCCGGUGAAAAAGCCCAAGAUCCGCAGGAAGAAAUGAGGAUUUGCUCUCUGAAGAGACGCGGACACAAAGGUUCUGGCUGCCCGGUGCUUCCCAGCGGGCUCUGCAGCACACAAAGGCGCCAUUCGUUCAUGGCUGGCUGGAAAAGCAGCUUCUGCAAUCAACCUUGCCUCAGAAUCUCAGGAGCGUGUGUUAACUGAGACAGAAAAACCCCAGAGAGGUUUCUUUCUUUGGAUUCUUGGCAGGUAAAAGCAAACAGACUUUUCUUUUAUAAACCAAAAGUGUCUGAUGUGUUAGUAGGAGAGUGAAGUGUAAAUACAGAGCUAAGAUGGCGUUUUAUUCUCACUUUUCUGACUGCAGCUGCACUUCUAACUUAAAAGCGCUGAGUGUGGUGUUUACGCUGUUCUGCCUUGAGAUAAUUUUUAGCAGGAUGAACGGCAAGAUUCAGCCGCUGCCUCAGGCUGGUUUUCAGUUCCAUUGUUAGUUUGAACACAGCACAGCUCCUUCGGGAGUUCACGCCUUCGCCAGCUGUUUGGGAAGAUGCUGUGCUGAAAAACUUGGAAUAUGGAAUAAAACUGUUGUUGAUGGCAGUCUGCAAGGCCAUGCUAUCGAUCGCACCUUUCCAUUUUGUCCGUUCCCAAAUACGGGCUUUUAUCAACAGAAGUUGCUCUUUUUCCCCCCUCUUUAUUUCCCCAGAGCAGAAGACUUUAUUUCAGCAGCGAAAACGGCUGGUGAUGGGAGUAUUGUAAUUGUUGGCUGGUUUUGGAGAGCUUUGCUUUAGUUUUCAUUCAGCCCUUGCUUAGGCAAAAUAUGGGUUAAAUUUCAAUGACAAAAGACUCCUGGAUGAUGUCUGGAUGAGAAUGCGGAGCUGGGAAGGCAGCAGGGGAACGCGCCGAGUCCCACAGACCGCGGGAGACGAGCGUUAGGUGUGUACGUGUUCAGCCCUGUUCAGUCCGAGCAUCCGCCCGCGCCAGGGAGGGAAGGUGAAAGGGAGCGAUUGCUGCUGUGAGAAUGGAGAUUGUUGCUGCCAAACAGUGUGAAGUGCGAUCUCUAGUGUAAAAAGUCCUGCACGUGCCGCUGUCACUUCUGCUGGUGCCUUGGUUGUACAGAAUAACAGAUGUACAGAGAUGUUGUGUAUGUAUGUAAAUAUAAAAGUUUAUAUCUUUUUUUACUUGGAUUAAGUGUUGUUCAUAAUGAGGAAAUCCCUCACUAGGUAGGGGAAAACUGUAGAAUGAAAAUAGCCAUUUUUAUGUUCAUAAUAAAAGAAAUUUUGUCUCCUACAAGCAAAA